AUAUACUAAUAUCAUAAUACUUUACAAUAUCCAAAAUGUGAAAUAAUAGAUCGAGGUGACGAGGUCUCCUUUUGAUAAUGUAUCACUUUAGAAAGAAAAAAAAAGUAAAUAUGUGGAGCCACUCUAAUUGCUGCUGCAAGAACAUGCUUUUAAUGGAUGCACUCAUACACAUGUCAUGUACUCAUGUGUGAGACAUUUGGUACCAUCAUUACCAGCUUCACCACCAGAUCUUUAUUUCCUUUUUCGUUGUUUUACUGAAACAAAUAUUAAUGUCAUACAAAUUUUUCUAAAUCACUCUCUUAUCUCUCUCUCCAUACAUAAUUACUAAAGAAGCUUCAACUUACGGCAAAGACGUCGUCUGAAUGUUGAUUUAUUCACGUAGAAAACAAAAUGCUGCAAACAUUUCACUAUACUUUGAUUACGAUUGGAACAUAUUUAACGUCAAAGUUACGUUUUCCUUGAUGGCAGCACAAGCCAUUUUUUGAUGAAAACAUAUAAAAGGAGGAUUGCGACUAGUCUUGCAUGUACUUAAUGCGUUUUCAUACCUUACUAGAAUGGGAUCGAGACUUCACCUAAGUGCAAUUACUUAAGCAAUCUACCAAACAAAACCUUCCUUGAAAAGAAACAUACCCAUUUAAAACACAACUUAAACUAAUUUGGUGUUUUCCACGUAUUAUGCUUAUAGUUAGUUAUACAACCAUUAUGCAUUUAUAUAUGGUGGAUUGAUUUUAAGUAUGUGAUCUUACUAUAAAGUUUGAUAUAAAAAUGUUGGGUUAGAACAUCUGUUGUAUAGUAUGUUUUUCAGACAGUUAUCAUUAGGCAAUCAGUAUGUAGAAUUUAGUCUAAGACUGUCGUGAUAGCUAAUCUUAAUCAACUAGAGAUCGCAAUGUGUAUCUCCUCAAAUGUUUUCACUUACAACUAUUCGUUUUAGUGAUGAAUUUUUCAUAACAUAAUCUAGGAUACCAUAAUGAAACACCAUUCAUGUGUUGUUCUUGUUCAUAAGAAAACACAGUAGCUAGUGCUAAAAAAAGGUAAAAGUAUUAGAGUGAUUGAGUAAAUUAGUCUGAAAUUAAUUUUUUUCCCUUUCCAAGUUCGAACCCACGAAUGCACUAUUGGCGUUUUUGAACAACAAAUGCUUCCAUUUCACAAUAGAAACAUUCGAAUGCACUAUUGGCUAUUUAUGGAUUUGACUAGUUUUCUCGUUGACUACGGAUGCUUAGCUUGUUAAUUAUUUUUCAGUUUUACUUGACCGAGCUAAGCUCAACAGUACAAAUGUGAGCGAAGAAAAAAAACACUGCACAAAUCGCAUUUAAUGCAAUUGAUGUCUAAACAAACUUUCCAAUUAAAGAGACUGGGAACCUGUCUCAUGAUGUUGAAAUAAUAAUAUUACAAAAUCAAGAAACAAUAUAAUUAAGAAAACUUAUAAUAAAAAAAAAAGAGAGACAGGCUUAAUCAAAAGCACCAACCAAAGUUGCCAACUUCAUCUCAUCACAAACUAAAACCAAAGAGGAGAAAGAAAGAUACAGAGCUGCAACAAUGGCCAUGGAAGAGAAAGACAAGAAAAUCAAGAAGAACAAGAAGAAGAAAGAUACCAAAUCCUCGCCGGACAUCUCCUUCAAACCUUCCUCCGCCGUCAAAGGCCUCAAAUUCGGCGGCCAGAUAAUCGUCAAAUCAUUCACAAUCCGGCGAGCAAGAACACUCGAGCUCCUAAAACUCCUCUCCCUCCCAUCUUCAACAUCACCAUCUCCGCCGCUUCUUUCCACGGCGGCGUAUCUUCCGACGAACUUCACGAUCUUAGCUCACCAAGCAUGGCACACACUAACCCUCGGGCUAGGAACGAGGAAGUCCAAAGUGGUUGUCUUCGUCUUCGAAACGGAGGCGAUGAAGACGGCGGUUACGGCGGCGGAGGGAGGACUAUGGCCGUCGGAGAUUCCGCUCGGUGAAGUGAACAAGAAGAUGAUCAGAAAGUUAAAGAACUGGGAGAUGGCGAGGUUUAAGUUCAGGAAAGGAUGCCUAACGUUUUACGUAUACGCCGUGAGAAACGCCGGGAACGAAGGGUUUGCGGCGGCGGAGGACUUAAAGGUAAUUUUACAGGCGGUGGUGGCUUUGAAAGACUUCAUGGAUCAUACGGCGAUGCUAGUAAUGCCCCACCAGAAAGCUAUUAAUUACGCCUCUUGCCCUCCUUUUGCCAUGGCUCACUAGAGUGGCCAUAUUUUUUUAACUCCUUUUUUUCAUAUAAAAAUAGUUUCGUUUAUUUUUAUUUUUUGUGGUACGAUUUGAUCAUUGUUUUCUGAAAAAGUACCUCUUAAAUAGCAAUAAAUCAAAUAUCAACACACACAAAAAAAAAUCACUAAAAUAGUACUCCAUCCGUUUUUUUUAUAUAUGACGUUUUAUGAUUGUGCACAUAGAUUAAUAAACAUUUAAUUUCUAAACAAAAACAUCAUUAAUUGUUUACCUAACCACAAUUUAACCAAUAAUAAAAUGUAAACUAUAAUAUCAUUGGUCAUCUACCAUUAAUUAGUAAUAAAUUUUACAUAUGAAAACGUUAAAUAAUUUGGAACAAAAAAUUUCCUCUAAAACGUCAUAUAUAAAAAAACGGAGAGAGUAUUAGUAUUUCUUCUAUUUUAGUUUUUAAAACGAAAAGUUAAAAUGAUCAGAUUGUUUAUUACGUUUUAGUUUUACUAAUAAAAUUUCAGAAUACAUAUUUUACAUUUAAAUUUAUGUUUUAACUUGGUAGAAAUUCGAAUUUGGUCAUAAAGUACUAGAGGAUCAGACGGUAGAAAUUCAAAGUGAACUUGGCAUUAGAGGUAUGAGAAAUUAUUUAAGAAUACCAGAAAGUUUGGAAGGAUCCAAACGCACAAAUUUUUGGUUUUUUGAAUGAACGGAUCAAUAAUAGGGUAAAUAGUUGGAUAGUUCGGUUUCUCACUAAAAGUGGAAAAGAGGCGAUGAUAAAAUCAGUGGUGUCGUCAAUGCCAAAUCAUUUUAUGUCAUGUUAUAGGUUACCAAAGAUAGUUAUAAAGAAAAUUACAUAAAAGAGGUAUUCAUUGGUUCUCCUUGGAUAAGGUAUGUAAAUCCAAGGAGGAGAGACGACUUAGUUUUCGCGAUUGUUUGUUCUCAAAAGUAUUUAAAGGUCGAUAUUUUUGGAAUACUGAUCCAUUGGAUCCUCACAGAUCUCAUUCACUGUCUUAUGGUUGGAUAAGUAUCUGCUCAGAUAGAUCUCUGGUUAAUAAAUGGCUAAUCAAAAGAGUGAGAACGGGACAAACCAUUUCCAUAUGGAGUGAUCCAUGGAUUCCUGCUCCUCGCCCGAGAUUCGAAAAUUAAAAAACACUAUCCCAAUUUUAAAAUUCUUCUUUGAAGGUGGAUAAUUUCAUCAAUCCAUUGACGAAAUCUUGGAAUGUGGACUUCCUCAAUGUAUACAUACACCUGGAGGAUGUCAAAAUUAUUAGAGGUCUGGCUAUAAGCCGGAAUGAUAGGCAAGAUUUUUAUGGAUGGGCUUUCACAGAGUCAGAAAAAUAUACGGUUAAGUCUGGAUAUAGGGUGGAAUCAUUAUUUCCAGUACAAGAUUUGGUUCCUUAUGGUUUGCAUAUUAAACCAUUACUAGUUUUCUGCUGGAAACUUAAAUGUGCCCCAAAGCUUAGACAUUUUAUUUGGCAAAUUCUCUCUGGUACUAUUUCGGUGGCAAAAAAAUUAAGGGCACGAGGUAUUAAGUGUGAUACACGAUGCAGUAUUUGUGGUGCCGAGGAAGAGUCAAUCAUGCUUUAUUUGAAUGUCCACCAGUUCUGCAAACAUGGGCUUUAUCAAAAAUCCCUUCAGCCCCUGGUAUUUUUCCCACCGCUUCGGUGUUUACUAAUAUGGAUUAUAUUUUCUGGAGAUUGCAAAAGAAUAUGAUUUUAACAACUUUCCAUGGAUAUUAUGGUACAUUUGGAAAAAUAGAAAUAAUAAAGUUUUUAAUAACAGAAAUGGAAACCCUCAGAAAAUUCUUCGAAUUGCGGAAGUGAAGAGUGAGGUAUGGGCGGAGGCUCAAAUAACAAUUCCAGAAAGGUAGUUUCAGGGUACAUCGGGUCCUUCGAGGAUUUGUUUUAUAGAUGGUGCGUUGAAGGAGUAUGAUAAAUUCUCCGGGCAUGUAUGGUUUUACCGAGGCGUAGGAUCAGAAGAGAAGAUGAUGGGGGCGAUGAAUCUCUGAAGAAGCUUAUCAGCUCUACAUGCAGAAUGUGAAGCUUUGAUAUGGGUUAUGGAAUGCAUGAAGACCCUUGAUUUUCCAGACGUAGUUUUUGCAACGGAUUGUUCUCAACCGGCGAAGAUGGUGUCCUCACCUGACGAAUGUCCAGCUUUUGCUACACACUUGGAGGAGUUUCGAUGCAGUAAGAGUUCCUUUCCUUCUUUCAAAAUUCAACAUAUACCAAGAGCAACUAAUCUAAUAGCGGACAAGCUUGUACGAGGUGAUUGGAAUUUUCUUUCAGCUGUGUUCUAUGCUGAUUCCACUCCACCGUCUUGGAUUUUCGAGUCGAUAGGAUCUUUAUCUUUAUUUUAGUUUAGUUAUUAUUGUUGUCAAAAAUAAAAUAAAAAAAUAUGUUUUAACUCUAAAUCAUCAAUCUUUCGAGUACAAAGACAAACAUACGACAUCAAUCAUUUAAAUAUGGAUGAAGUAUUUCUUAAAAUGUAAAAACAAGGGUAUUUAUAUAUUUGAGUUUAGGGUUCAGUAUCUACGGAUGAGAUUAAAAUUUAAGAUUCAAGAUGUAGUGUAAUUUAUUUUUUUAUUAAUUAGUAAUUUUGAAAAUUUUGCUUUUUAAAUACUAAUUCUUAAUAAAAAACAAAAAAAUUACUUCUGAAAUAUAACCUUGUUUUCUCUCUGUUAUCAUUUUGAUGAUAGUGGCUUUCGUAGUUUUUGCAUUUUUGAUACUACUUUGGAGGUGUCGAUAUUAUGUGGUCUAGUUAUCCAAAACAAGUGUCACUAUGUGCUUAUCUCUACAUCAUGACAAGUCAAGCAUGUCUUGAAUGAGAUCAAAACUCAUUAAUGCGUAUAUUGUUUAUAUAUUUGACCGACAAAAUGUUAUUGUUUCUAUAUUAGCAGUCAAUAUCAUGCUAUGUUAACAAUGCAAUGUCACAUUGUAGAAUAUCAUUGCCAAUGCGAUAUUAGCCAACUUUAUAAUUGCAUUUUGCUUAUGUUUGACUGAAAAUAAGUCAUCGAGGAAUAACAACUUUGACAUGUUUCUGUUGAGCAUUGGUUAAUUAAGUGGACAAACCAACGGUUGGUUUAUUAGUUACAAAAUAAUUAGAAUGUAUCCUUUUCAACCCUGCUACGUAAAGCUCUACGUAAAAUCUCUAGAGAACCACAGAUGAAACAACGGCCGGCCGAAGAAUGUGAGCUGGACGUAAGGAACAUAGCGGUAUAUGAGUUUUUGUAUAUCAUAAAUACUUUAUAAUUAAUUUUAAUUAAAAAGUCGACAACUUGAAAGCAUACGGCUUAUGUAUAAUAACUUUUAAAAUUUUGUGGAUCAAAGUGAAUGUUUAAUUUGGAUGUUGCUA